AUUUAUCCUCACUUUGCUAUUUCUAGGUAUGAAAACAAUCCACUGAACUAUACAUAAAUAAUGUAAACAACUUGCCUGGAGGUUGAAAUAACAUCAAACAACAAAAAUGUCAUCAGAAAAGUAUGAGGAUUAUAAAGCAGAGUUCGAAACAUAUUUCGCAGAGCUUGAAAAAUUAAAAAAUAAGAUUCCAAAAUUAAAUGGAGAACCAAGAAAAAGGGAAGUUCGAAAUGCUGAGAAGUUAAUAGAAGAAGCAGACCUGCAGUUAGCACAAAUGGCUGAUGAGGCACAACUUGCCCCUGGAGCAUACCGAACAAAGUUAUUGUCAGAUACUAGAGGUCACAGAUAUCAACUUGACAAAGUUAAAAAAGAGCUAGACAGAUUAAAGUUAGUAUCAACAUCUAAUUUACCGUUUGGAGGACGAGAUGAUCUACUUGGGCCAACAAACAUAAACAGGGAUAGAAAUAUGCAGCAACAAAAUAAAAUGUUGGAGGGUUUAGACAGUUUGAAUCGAGGUUCACAAAGUGUGGCAAGAUCACAAAGAAUUGCAGCUGAAACAGAUGAGAUUGGGGUGCAAAUAAUUGGCGAUCUUGAUGAUCAAAGGGAGUCACUACUGAGAUCCAAAGAUAAAGUGGCACAAACUAAUGCAGAUUUGACUCGAAGUCGUAGAAUAUUGAAUUCAAUGGCCAUAAGAUUGGCAACAAAUAAAAUUUUGUUGGUUGUCAUCAUCAUUGUUGAGAUCGCCAUCCUUGCUGCUGUGAUAUAUUUAAGAUUUAUAAAAUAAUUUUUUAUAAAUAUAAAAUUAUUAGCUUGUCGCGAUUGUUGAAAGUUUUUUUACAUGGUUUUAAACAGGCAUAGAAAACAUUGAAAAAGUUCCUUAUUGCAUUUGAGUAAUGCUGGGAUUUUUUCGUUUCGUAUUUCAUUGUGGUAUAGAGUUCAUUUCUAAACAUUAAGAGAGUAUCCCAACCAACCAGUAGCAGACAAUAGUAUUAUUUUGGUAGGUAUUUUACUGUAACUCAGUACGGUAUCAUGUUAAUCAUGCUCAAAUUAAAAAGAAGAUGGUUGUUACUAGCACUAGACUGUGGUUACGAAAGUUCAGUUUUGUUGUGUCUUUUUGUAUUGUUAUUUUCUACAAUUUCUUGUACAUAUGAUAAUAAAAAUAGAUUCUGUUAUAAAUUGAA